AUGUUUAUCAUUUUUCUACUUUGUUUUGUAAUACUAUUAACGGAAAUAAAAUCAUUAACAAUAAUAGCCAAUCAAUCGGGUGAUUUUAAUUGUUUAAAUACAUGGAGUAAUAACAUACAAACAGGGAAUGAUUCUACUGUAAUAAUUCCUUCGGAUAUCAGUGUCUAUAUUAGUAAUGAAUCGCAUUUAAAUAUGAGUAUUCAAUCAUUAAAAAUUUAUGGAAACUUACAAAUUGGUUCUCCGUAUAGUUCGAAUUCAAUAAAAUCAUUUAAAUUUUCAUAUCCAAUAAAUAUAAUGGUUUUCAAUGGAGGAUUAUUAGAAGAGUUGACAUCAAAUCUUACAUGGUUUCUUUUAUCCAAUUCAAUAAUAACUAUUUAUCCAAACACUUCAUUCUAUUCAUCACAACUGACGAAAAUUGUUUCUAAUUCAAAUGAUUCAAAUCAAAUAUUGAGUAAUAAUAUUCAGAGCCCAUUUACAGUAACAGUUGAUCGUCAAGGAACAAUUGAAAACUAUUCCUGCAAAUUAACAAUAACAUUUGUUCCUUAUCAAUCAGGUAAUUUCGGACUCAAUUCUACAUGGUUAGGUGAAUUAGCAUCAACACUCGAUCGUUGCUCACCAAUUUAUAGCGGAUGUGUUUUGUUUAUACCAGCACAUGGAAAUGUAACAAGACAUAACCAAUCAACAAUAAAUGCUGUUUAUGUUCAUAUAUAUGGUUUCUUUGAAAUCUCACCAUGGGAAACUUAUUUAUUUCGUUAUCCGAUGAAAUUUUUAAUUUAUGAUGGUGGUAUAUUUCAAGAUACGACGCAAGAUGGCUUUCGUUUUUAUAUAAAUACGUCAAUUACUCUGUUUAUCCUGGCAGAACAUUUAUUACAAGAACUUCAAAUUCUAUAUAUUCAUACAAAGAAAAAAAUUCUACUAUUUCAUCUUACAAAUUUAAUAAGGCUGAUAUUGUUGGCCCUUAUACCAUUUCUAUUGAUAUGA